UUAAACGCUGUCGUUUAGUCUUUCUUCUAGAAAUUCGAUUUUGAGCUUUAACGAAAGAGACGACAAUGGCGGAUCGGUUCUUCGAUAACCUGAUGCCUGAUUUCGUGAAGGAGAAGGAAAGUGAAUAUGGAGGAGAUUCGCUUAGGAAUCUGCUCGCUAUGCCGUAUUCGUCUCUCUCGCAGCAGCUCAAACGAUCCGCUUUGGAUCUCAAGGAAACCGUAGUGAUGGAAACUUGGGGUUUUAGUGGGCAGACUGUUGAAGACUUCACACUUUACUCUGGAACUCUUGGAGCUGCGUUUUUACUCUUUAGAGCUUAUCAAGUUACUGGAAACGUCAAUGAUCUUUCCCUUUGCUUGGAAAUCGUCAAAGCUUGUGAUGCUGCUUCUGCUUCCUCAGGGGAUGUUACUUUUCUCUGUGGCCGAGCUGGUGUUUGUGGUCUCGGCGCCGCUGCAGCUAAGCUUUCUGGUGAGGAGGAGUUGCUCAAUUACUAUUUGGCGCAAUUUCGUCUGAUAAGACUAUCUAGUGAUCUUCCUAACGAGCUUUUGUAUGGAAGAGUUGGUUAUCUAUGGGCUUGUUUGUUCAUCAACAAAUACAUUGGCAAAGAAACUUUGCCUUCAGAUACCAUUCGCGAAGUUGCUCAGGAAAUUAUCAAGGACGGAAGAUCAAUGGCUAAGAAAGGAAGCUCACCGCUUAUGUUUGAAUGGUAUGGCAAACGGUACUGGGGUGCAGCACAUGGGCUUGCUGGUAUUAUGCACGUAUUGAUGGAUGUUCAGCUGAAGCCUGACGAGGCAGAGGAUGUGAAGGGAACCCUUAAGUAUAUGAUCAAGAAUCGGUUUCCAAGUGGAAAUUACCCUGCUAGUGAAGAGGAUAGGAAGAAAGAUGUCCUUGUGCAUUGGUGUCAUGGAGCUCCUGGGAUUGCUCUCACACUUGUGAAAGCUGCUGAGGUUUUUGGGGAGAGAGAGUUUCUGGAAGCGGGUGCAGCUGCAGCAGAGGUGGUUUGGAACCGUGGAUUGCUCAAGCGGGUGGGGAUCUGUCAUGGAAUAAGUGGGAAUGCAUAUGUUUUUCUCUCGCUUUACAGAGCUACGGGAAUGAGUGAGUAUCUGUACCGUGCAAAAGCCUUUGCCAGUUUUCUGCUUGAUAGAGGCCCCAAGUUACUCUCAAAAGGAGAAAUGCAUGGAGGUGAUAGUCCUUAUUCCUUGUUUGAAGGCGUUGCAGGCAUGGCCUAUCUCUACCUUGACAUGGUCGACCCAUCUCAAGCCAGGUUCCCAGGUUACGAGCUUUAAACUUCUAGAUCGAUAACAAUCUCCAUACUUUUGUCCAUCAAAUCCUUAUCUCUUGUUAUGGAGGAGGCACAAGGUAAGAGAGGGUGUGUGUAUGUGUGUGUUUACUACUAGCAAAAUCUUGUUGUUGUUGUUUAAUGGUGAAUCAGUUUGAGUUGAUAUCUAUUGGAACUCUCAGGAGAUCUGUCCGGAGAGCCUGUAACUUUAU